AUUGCUCCACGUCGGCAAGAGAGAAGAAGAUGGACGCUGUUCUGCAGGACCCCUCUCUGUAUACAGUGAAAGCUGUCUUAAUCUUAGACAACGAUGGAGAGAGACUGUUAGCCAAGUACUAUGAUGAGACCUAUCCCACGGUGAAGGAACAGAAGGCAUUUGAGAAGAACAUCUUCAAUAAAACUCAUCGAACAGACAGUGAGAUUGCUCUCCUGGAGGGGUUGACAGUGGUCUAUAAGAGCAGUAUAGAUCUGUACUUCUAUGUCAUCGGAAGCUCACACGAGAAUGAGCUUAUGUUGAUGGCUGUUCUGAAUUGUCUCUUUGACUCCUUGAGCCAAAUGCUCCGUAAAAAUGUAGAAAAACGAACUCUGCUUGAGAAUAUGGAAGGACUUUUCCUAGCAGUUGAUGAGAUAAUAGAUGGCGGAGUCAUUUUGGAGAGUGAUCCUCAGCAAGUUGUUCAUCGUGUGGCACUAAGAGGUGAUGAUGUCCCUCUUACCGAGCAAACUGUUUCUCAGGUGCUGCAGUCUGCAAAAGAACAAAUCAAAUGGUCACUCCUCCGAUAGUUGAUGCGAACAGUGCUGGACAUGUAUCCAUGAUUCAUUCCAUCUUGAUGGGACCCCCCUCUUGUCCCUCCCACAACCCUUUUCCUCUAUGAUUACUAUAAAGCACUAUAUGACUUUUUAUUCCUUGCGUGUAGCAAGGGGCACAGAGGUUAUUGCCUUGUUACCCAGAAAGCCUUUUUUUCAGUCACUUGCCCAUAAUUUUCCUGUAGUUUUUCGAAACCUCUUAACCCAAUUAUACCACAAUGGUUGCAAUAAUAGCUAAAAGCUGUACCAAAAUCACUAUGAACAGAGCCUGUCAGGGAAUUGGACACAGUCACCUGACGCCUCAUUCUAGUUAUUGAGAAAUGUCUGUAAUCUGCCACUGAGGGGCAUACUGAACUACCAUAUUGAAAGGUGUGUUGUUUAAGGCAAAAGCAUGUCAUAGAGGAACAAGCGUACAGUAUACGUUUUAUAAGGGGAAGAAGUGAAAGAUUAUGUAGUGGACCAAUUUGAUGUACACAAGUUUUAUACUUGGGCUAAAGAGCUGUACAAAUGUAUACAGAUUCAGAUUAUUAUUAUUAAAUAACAUACUAAACAAAAAAA